CAGAUUUUGGUCUUUCUAAAUGUUUAGAUGAAAGCACAAUGACAACUAGUUCGAUUAUUAAAGGAAUGCCGGGAUAUAUUGAUCCACAGUGCGUUCUUACGUAUGGAUUUAAGAGAAACAAAAAAUCGGACAUUUUCAGCUAUGGAAUCAUUUUAUGGGAAGUAUCGAGUUGUAAACCUCCAUGUCCACCGCUCAACCCGAUUGAAGGUACUCCCAGAAAUUUUGUUGAAUUGUAUAAAGAUGCCAAAGUAUAA